UCAAGAUGAUGAUGUAAAUAAUAAAAAUGUGUGUAAAGUGUUUGUUUAUCCCGUCCUCACAUAAAUAUUUGAACCGGGGCGACCAAAUUCUUAGCGUGUAAUCAGCUAGACCUGGCAUCCAAUCAUGACGAGGCGUCAGUGUUUGCUGCUGUUGCUGCUGCUAGCUUUUGUCCUGGGAAGGCUCAACACGGAACCGAGACGGUAACUGUGCGUCACUAUAAGGAAGGCAAAUAAUAAAACACUAAAGACGGACGGGAACUACGAUUCGAAGUUAUGUGGAUUUAAAUGAAGAAAGGACAGCGUUGAUUGAUACCAACUUUUCCUUUGCCACUUCUCCCACCAUCCUCCUAUUUUUCCUACUUUCCGGUGUGAUUUUUAUUUUUUUUUUCUCCUCCCAUCUCACCAUGGCAGCUGUGUUCCUACUCUGGCGGUGUCACUGAACUCUACCUUUGCUGACCACCAUGGAAAGAAAACGUAGAAAGAAAUUAUUCUAGCUCCUUAGAACAUUUUCAUUAUGAACUCAUUUUUGGAGCUUUGGACGUGAAAUGCUGGUCCGUUCUCCUGGUCUUGAUACAGGUUUUAACUUCUGACAACUGAAACUGAUACACAAAACAAAUGAUUUGUGUAGUUUCACAACGCAAAAUGCACCUGCUACUGCUGCGGGUCUCCAUGUUUAUGGGCCUGCUUGUAGGCUUCCUGCCUGUGGUGGGGAUGGACCCAUUGCCAGAGAGAAAAUCUGGGCUUGGUCAAAGCCAUAACUUGGAGUCUCUCAGCUCUAACUGCUCUCACCUCACUGUCAAAGUAGAGUUCUCCUCCAAGGUGGUGGAACAUGAGUACAUUGUGGCAUUCACGGGGUAUUUCUCGGCCAAAGCACGCAGCCUAUACAUAAGCAGUGCCCUACGAAACACAAAGGAUGGAGCGCUUGACUGGCACAUUGUUCCCAGGGAGAACCCAGCUUCUGACUUCCCCAGUGACUUUGAGCUGGUUCACAUCCGACAUGCUUCACCCAGCAGUUUGCUGACCUUAGAAGACCAUCCCUACAUAAAGAGGGUCACUCCACAACGCAAAGUGUUCCGUUCGCUCAAAUACAUUUCUUCAGCAGAAACCUCUGCAGCCUCUAACAGCACCCGCAGGAUGCAAAAAUGGCAGUCAUGGCAAUCGUCCCGGCCUUUCCGAAGGACCAGUCUGUCACUUGCCUCAGGUUUUUGGCAUUCAACUGGGCGCCACUCCAGUCGACGCCUCCUGCGAGCCAUCCCCCGCCAUGUAGCCCAGAUCCUGCAGGCAGAUGUACUCUGGCAGAUGGGGCACACGGGUUCUGGUGUGAAGGUGGCAGUUUUUGAUACAGGUCUGAGCGAGAAACACCCACAUUUUAAAAAUGUGAAGGAAAGGACCAACUGGACCAAUGAGAAGACACUGGAUGAUGGUUUGGGUCAUGGCACAUUUGUAGCUGGAGUGAUAGCCAGUAUGAGGGAGUGUCAGGGCUUUGCUCCUGAUUCAGAGCUGCACAUCUUCAGAGUGUUCACAAACAACCAGGUGUCUUACACAUCAUGGUUCUUGGAUGCCUUCAACUAUGCCAUCUUAAAAAAGAUCGAUGUUCUUAACCUCAGCAUUGGGGGCCCCGACUUCAUGGAUCACCCUUUCGUUGACAAGGUGUGGGAGCUUACUGCCAACAGAGUCAUUAUGGUCUCUGCAAUCGGAAAUGAUGGACCUCUGUAUGGAACUCUAAACAACCCAGCAGACCAGAUGGAUGUAAUUGGAGUCGGUGGAAUAGACUUUGAAGACAACAUUGCAAGGUUUUCAUCUAGAGGCAUGACUACCUGGGAACUGCCUGGGGGCUACGGCAGGGUGAAGCCCGAUAUCGUCACCUAUGGUUCUGGGGUUCGUGGGUCGGGAAUGAAAGAAGGAUGUCGGUCUCUUUCUGGCACCAGUGUUGCCUCUCCUGUGGUGGCUGGAGCUGUUACACUUCUGGCCAGUACUGUCCUGAAUCGAGAAUUAGUGAACCCAGCCUCCAUGAAGCAGGCUCUGAUCGCCUCAGCCCGCAGGCUGCCAGGAGUCAACAUGUUCGAGCAGGGACAUGGGAAGCUGGACCUGAUUAGAGCUUACCAGAUUCUCAACAGCUACAGACCUCAGGCCAGUCUUUCUCCCAGCUACAUUGACCUGACUGAGUGUCCAUACAUGUGGCCUUACUGCUCUCAGCCCAUCUACUAUGGAGGAAUGCCCACCAUUGUUAAUGUCACUAUUCUUAACGGCAUGGGUGUCACUGGCAGAAUUGUGGACAAGCCUAUUUGGCAGCCUUACCUUCCUCAGAAUGGUGACCAUAUUGAUGUGGCCAUCUCAUACUCACCAGUGUUGUGGCCAUGGGCUGGAUACCUGGCUGUCUCCAUAUCCGUUGCCAAGAAAGCUGCAUCCUGGGAAGGGAUUGCCCAAGGUCAUGUAAUGGUGACUGUAGCCUCACCUGCAGAGAAUGAUUCGGAAGUGGACGGGGAACUGACCUCCACAGUGAAACUGCCCAUUAAGGUGAAGAUUGUCCCAACUCCUCCACGGAAUAAAAGGGUCUUGUGGGACCAAUACCACAACCUGCGUUAUCCACCUGGCUACUUUCCACGUGAUAACCUCCGCAUGAAAAAUGACCCACUUGACUGGAAUGGUGACCACAUUCACACUAACUUCAGAGACAUGUAUCAGCAUCUGAGAAGCAUGGGGUACUUUGUAGAAGUGUUGGGUGCUCCUAUCACCUGUUUUGAUGCCAGCCAAUAUGGCACAUUGCUGAUGGUGGACAGCGAAGAGGAAUAUUUUCCUGAAGAGAUCACCAAGCUGAGGAGGGAUAUCGACAAUGGACUUUCACUCAUUAUCUUCAGCGACUGGUACAACACUUCUGUCAUGAGGAAGGUCAAAUUCUAUGACGAAAACACCAGGCAGUGGUGGAUGCCAGACACGGGAGGGGCUAAUGUGCCAGCGCUUAAUGACCUGAUCUCAGUGUGGGGAAUGGCAUUCAGUGAUGGGCUGUAUGACGGUGACUUCACUCUGGCGGAUCAUGACAUGUAUUAUGCCUCAGGCUGCAGCAUAUCUCGUUUCCCAGAAGAUGGAAUUGUAAUUGGCAAGAACCUAAAGGACCAAGGUCUUGAAGUCCUAAAGCAAGAGACCGCAGUGGUGGAAAGGGUUCCCAUCCUCGGACUCUACCAAACGCCGUCUGAUGGCGGAGGACGUAUUGCUUUAUACGGUGACUCGAACUGUAUAGAUGACAGCCACAGGCAAAAAGACUGUUUCUGGCUAUUAGACGCUCUACUUCAAUACACGUCUUACAGCAUGACACCUCCUAGCUUAAGCCAUUCCCACAGUAGGAUGCCACCUCCCAUGGGGACCGAGCACCCAAUGCCACAGAGAUUGGAGGGUAAUCAUCUUUACCGCUAUUCAAAAGUUCUGGAAGCUCAUCUUGGGGACCCAAAGCCCCGCCCCCUACCAGCCUGUCCACACCUCUCUUGGGCAAAGCCGCAGCCAGUCAAUGAGACGGCACCCAGUAACCUAUGGAAGCACCAGAAGCUUCUGUCUGUGGAUCUGGACAAGGUGGCACUGCCAAACGUGAAGCCUUACCGUCCGCAGGUCCGACCUUUAUCUCCUGGGGAGAGUGGCGCCUGGGACAUCCCUGGAGGAAUAAUGCCUGGUCGUUAUAACCAAGAAGUGGGCCAGACCAUCCCAGUCUUUGCCUUCCUCGGUGCGAUGGUCGUCCUGUCAUUUUUCGUGGUCCAGCUCACAAAGGCCAAGAGCAAACCCAAGCGGAGGAAACCCCGCAUCAAACGGCCCACAUACUUGCAGCAGACGACAAAUGGGAAAACCCCCACAGUUUGACCAAUUUGGACAUGUGGUUGGACAUCUGGAUGUGACUACAUCAUGCAAAAAUUGCUUAAGGAACUCUAACCUUGCCUCCACAAUAAUUUGUGUACACCAAGUGUCUUGAAUGCGAUGACCAGUUUUCGUGCCAUUUGUCUACUCAAGCAGUCUAUGUGCGUUUGUGGUGUUCAUGAACUGUACACAAACAAUUGGGCUCUCAUCUAUACAGGCUUUUUUUUUUAACCUUUCCUUUUCCUCUCUGCUAAGGAGAUUGAGCAAAUUGAAAUGUUUGACUUUGUAUUUAUUACAUUGUUUUGUACAUGCACACACAGGCAUACAAAUGUGCACACUGCCCCCCCCCC